CAGCAAUGGAAAACCAUUUGGAACACAGAAUUUUGAAGUUUGCCCUGGAAAACGCAGUACGUGGAGACCCCCAGAGUGUUGUGGACACCAUAGACAAUUAUUGCAGAAAUAAGGAAUGGGCCAUGAAUGUUGGAGAUGAGAAGGGCCUGAUCGUGGACAAAGUAGUCAAAGAGGCAGAUCCUUCAGUAAUCCUUGAACUGGGUACAUACUGCGGAUAUUCAGCCAUACGUAUAGCGCGCUUGUUGAAGCCUGGAGCACGGAUGUUCACUGUGGAGCUGAAUCCAGUUCAUGCCGAUGUGGCCAAGCAGAUGAUUGAAUUUGCAGGAGUUCAGGACAUGGUUUCGGUACUGGAAGGGUCCACUACAGACAUCAUCCCUCAGUUUAAGCAGAAGUAUAAUGUGGAUGCUUUGGACUUCGUAUUUUUGGACCAUGCAAAGGACAGAUACAGACCAGACACCAUACUGUUGGAGGAAUGUCGCCUGUUGAAGGAAGGCUCUGUUUUGUUGGCUGACAAUGUUGUUUAUCCCGGGAUUCCAGACUUUCUUGAGCACGUCAGAACCUGUGGACGAUACGACUGCACUAAUUACCCCUCACAUGCACAAUAUAUGAAUGUAGAUGAUGCUUUAGAGAAAGCUGUGUUUAUAGGUUACCUAUAA